CGGAACACAAAGACCAGUUUUGUGACUCAAUGGAGCUCUCCAAAGUUAUCAUUUAAUUCCCUCAGAAGCACAAGUCCAAUCGGAACCAUGUCCAGACGCAGCGGUCGCAUCACUCUGCAAGUCAGAGACUCAAACACACCAGAACCUGUCGUCAGAGCUCCGCUGAGGAAAAGGAAAUUGGAGCCCUGCAAGAAGACUCAACCUGCUGCCAAGAAACAAAGCUAUGAAAUUCAGAAGUGUUGGUCUGAGGACGGUACCAGCCCGUGCGUCCUCAUUGAAACUCCCCACAAAGAACUGGAGCCCGCAGACCCAUCCAGCUUCAAGCAGUACCGAUUCAAGAACCUCUUCAUCAAGUCCUCGCCCCUCCCCAGCCUCAGCUGGGCCAGCUCAGAUGAUGUGUGGAUCAAGAUGCUCAACAAGGAGCUGACGUAUGUUCACGAUAAGAGCUACAUGCAGCGACACCCCAAACUGCAGCCCAGCAUGAGGGCCAUCCUCCUCGACUGGCUGCUGGAGGUGAGCGAGGUGUACUGCCUCCACCGCCAGACGGCGUAUUUGGCUCAGGACUACUUUGACCGCUUUAUGCUGACUCAGGAGGAUGUCAACAAGGACUACCUGCAGCUCAUCGGCAUCACGGCGCUCUUUAUUGCCUCCAAAAUAGAGGAGAUCUACCCUCCCAAAAUCAGCGAGUUUGCCUACGUGACAGACGGGGCGUGCGACACGUGGGACAUCCAGUGCACGGAGCUUCACAUCCUAAAGGCGUUGGACUGGACCCUCUGCCCGGAGACUCCCAUCUCCUGGCUCAAGCUCUACGCUCAGGUGGAGGCCCAGAAAGAUGGUGACAACUUCCUGGUCCCCCAGUUCUCACAGGAGACGUACAUCCAGAUCACGCAGCUGCUGGACUUGUGCAUGAUGGACAUCAGCUCGCUGGACUUCAGCUACAGCGUCCUCGCCGCCGCCGCCUUCUGCCACUUCUCCUCCUUCGACGUGGUGAACCAAGUGUCGGGCCUGACGUGGGACAGCGUGUCCCCCUGCGUGCGGUGGAUGAGUCCCUUCGCCGACACGCUGCGCUCAGAACCCAAACCUGAGCUCAAGACCUUCCCCAAGGUCAACGCAGAGGACAGACACAACAUCCAGACGCACGUCACCUACCUGGACCUCCUGAGAAAAUCCCAGGACCGGCACACGGACGGCACCGACUGUCCGCUGUCACCCGUUGCCGUGACGCCCAUGUUGACUCCGCCCAGCAGCACAGAGAAACCAGCCAAUCACUGAGCAGGACCAAUCUAACCAAGGAAUCUAGCUUUUUAAAAUUCUUUGUUUUAUUUAAACACAAAUUGAGAGUUCUGCUUUUUGUGAAAUUUAUUUAGUGAAAGACUUUGGGUUUUUCACCUUCAAGAGGAUGUAAGACGUCCUGGUGCUCCUUCACGAAACCAUUCCACUGUGAAUGUCCUCUGGAACAUCCCCUCAUCAGCAUGGGGACACGCAGCGCUCUCAUGGACUCAUCGCCAUGGCGAUAAGUGUUAUUUCUCCUUUAUUCCCCUCCCUGUUUCAUUCCUGGAAACUUGACCCGAGUAGGACGCCCGCCUACUUCCACACGUGUGCUCGUAUUUAUUGAAAAGAGUUUAAAAUCCGUGAGCGAGGGAGGAGUUGAGCUUGGUGGCUAUUUAUGACGUCGCUGUACGUCGACGUGCGUUCGUGCCUUUCACUCCGACCAUUCAGAUGCUAAAGAAUGUUUGUGUACAUAGAUCCAUUUUUCUAAUGAUGAAUUUUCUUUUAUACUGCAAUGU